AUGUGCCGACUAAGUAACGACAUUACAGAAGAGAAAAAUGGAAAGAAAAAAAAAGGAUUGCUUUCUUUCUACUCCAUCAAACACACUAAAUUCAAUUGGAGUUCUGAAAUUAGCAACCUCAUCAUGCCACCUAUUGGGGUGAAAUUACUCAUUCAAGAUCGCCAUGUGAUGAUGGAUAAUGGGAUUGUCCAAGUGACAUUAUCAAACCCAGACGGAAUAGUCACUGGAAUUCGAUUCAAUGGCAUCGAUAACUUGCUGGAGAUUCGUAAUGAGGAAAUUAACAGAGGGUACUGGGAUCUUGUUUGGAAUUCAGCCACUACUGGAACAACAGGAAUAUUUGAUGUGAUCAAAGGAACAAGUUUUAGGGUUAUAAUGGAAAGUGAAGAACAAGUUGAGCUCUCUUUCACAAGAGCCUGGGAUCCCUCCCAAGAGGGCAAGCUCGUACCCUUAAAUAUUGAUAAAAGGUUCAUUAUGCUUCGAGGUUCCUCAGGCUUCUACUCCUACGCCAUUUACGAGCACUUGAGGGAAUGGCCUGGUUUCGAGCUUGGAGAAACCAGAAUUGCUUUCAAACUCAGAAAAGACAAGUUUCACUACAUGGCCAUGGCAGACAAUAGGCAAAGAAACAUGCCAUUGCCUGAUGACCGUUUACCGUCGAGAGGCCAAGCCCUAGCCUUCCCAGAGGCAGUUCUUCUUGUCAAUCCUGUGGAGCCAGAGUUCAAAGGAGAAGUGGAUGACAAGUACCAAUACUCAUGUGACAACAAGGAUAAUAAAGUACAUGGGUGGAUAUGCACUGAGCCACCAGUAGGGUUCUGGCAAAUUACACCAAGCAAUGAGUUCCGAUCUGGUGGACCCUUUAAACAGAACCUUACCUCCCAUGUUGGCCCCACCACCCUUGCUAUGUUUCUAAGCGCUCAUUAUUCUGGAGAGGAUUUGGUGCCAAAAUUUGCAGCGGGUGAGCAAUGGAAGAAAGUUUUUGGGCCAGUUUUUAUGUAUGCUAAUUCUGCAUAUGAAGGAGAUGAUCCGCUUUCGUUAUGGGAGGAUGCUAAAUCACAGAUGAUGAUGGAAGUCCAAUGCUGGCCCUACAGUUUCCCAGCAUCUGAGGAUUUUCCCAAGUCACACCAACGGGGUAGUGUUAGUGGUAGACUACUUAUUCGAGACAGAUAUAUCAGCGAUGACUACAUAUCAGCCCAGGGUGCAUAUGUUGGGUUAGCCCCGCAAGGAGACGUUGGAUCGUGGCAAAGAGAAUGCAAGAACUAUCAAUUCUGGACGACAGCAGACGAGAAUGGCUACUUUCUCAUCGACGGCAUACGCACUGGCGAUUAUAAUCUUAAUGCAACGGUCCCUGGUUUUAUCGGAGAUUAUCAAUACGAUGUCGUUCUGACUAUAACCUCAGGUUGUGAGGUUGAGAUGGGUGAUCUUGUGUAUGAGCCUCCUAGAAAUGGCCCUACUUUAUGGGAAAUAGGCAUUCCUGAUCGGUCUGCUGCAGAGUUUUAUGUUCCUGACCCUAAUCCAAAGUACAUUAACAAACUCUUUGUCAACCAUCCAGACAGGUUUAGGCAGUAUGGAUUGUGGGAAAGAUACUCAGAGUUAUAUCCUGAUAAAGACUUGGUUUACACAGUUGGUGUCAGUGACUAUAGCCAAGACUGGUUCUUCGCUCAGGUUAACAGGAAGAAAGAUGAUAAUAAAUAUCAAGGAACUACUUGGCAAAUCAAAUUCAAUCUUGACACUGUAGACCAGAGUGGUCCCUAUAAGCUGAGACUAGCAAUUGCAUCAGCAACUCUCUCUGAAUUGCAGGUUCGGGUAAACGAUCCAAAAGCGUACCCUCCUCUUUUCUCAAGUGGGAUGAUAGGUAAAGACAAUUCAAUAGCAAGGCAUGGAAUUCAUGGGCUAUAUUGGCUUUUCAAUGUCAACAUACCCAGCUCUCGAAUUAUUGAGGGAGAUAAUAUUAUCUAUUUGACGCAACCAAGAAGCACAAGUCCUUUUCAAGGGAUUAUGUAUGAUUAUCUUCGUUUAGAAGGGCCCCCAUCACCAAGUUCCAAAAGAGAGACUUGA